AAAAUUAAAAAUAAAAAAAAACUUGAAUUAAAGAUUAUCAGAUUAAACAUUUGCAGGAGAGAAAAAAGAUGAACAAUUAAUUCAAUUACGCUUUUUUAGGUUCAGGAUACGUGAUAUCUCGACUGUCAUGAGGAAUAGUAGUGAUAAAACAUACAAAGUAUUGCCUAGUGGUGAUGUUUAUGUAGAUAAAAAAAAUAAACCAUGUACAGCAAAGCCCAUACAUGUUCGCAGAGUAGAACAAGCCCUAGAUCUCAAUAUGUUCCUGCAAAAUAUCAACAAUCAGUUGGACCCUAGUAGUGAUUCUGAUGAGUCUGAUGGUAAUGAGGGACAGGAGAUGGAUGAUGUAAAUUUAGAUAACAUCUUGAGAGAUGAACCACACUCUCCAAAAGAUUAUUACAAUCUGAAAAAUGUUUCCUCCAGACGUAAGUGGUUAGCUGAUGUAUUACAAGAAAAUUCUGAUUCUACACCAGAGGAUGUUCAGUACAAGAAUAUUAUCCGUAUGCAUUCUUAUCAAAAAUAUCUAAGAAAAUCUAAAGAGAAAUAUGAAAACUAUAUGUUCUAUGGAGCAGGUCUUGUAAGUGCAGUAGACCACUAUCCUGAAAUAGAAAAAAAUCUCCCUGUUCAAUUAAAACGCAAAGUAUUAAAACAUGAAGACACAUCUAAGUCUCCACUUUACCAUCCAGAGAUAUUGGAUGAUAUUUCAGAUGAACCCUGUUUAGAUUUGAAUCUUCAAAACACAAUAGAAUUUCAAAGUAUGGAAGAUAUGGAAGAUUCUAACAUGAAUUCAGAAUAUAGUAUUCCUAUACCAACACAUUCUUUGCCAGUAACACAAAAUAUAGUCUCUGCUCCCAAAAGGAAAGCAAAGAAAUUCAAGGAUGAGGAAUCAAGAAGAAAAUGGGAAGAUAUGAUGACUAUGAAAAGAAGAAAACUGUUUACAAAUAUUGUUAAAAAGGAGAUUGGCAAACAACAUAGGUCUAAAACAAAUAAGCACAAAGAAAUGCUUCUACAGUGUAAAAGAAUAGCAUCACAUUGUGUGAAAUAUGCAAGACAGAAAGCAUUACAAAGUGCUAGAACAGUAAAGGAACAGCAAUGGAGAAUGAAAAGAUUAUCCAGAGAAAACAUUGCCUAUUGGAAACGAUCCAGGAGGUUUGACAGAGAAGUAAAAAAGAGAUUGGAAAAGGAAGCUGAAGAGCAAAGGAAAAUUGAUCAUGAACUGAUUGAGGCCAAACGUCAGCAAAGAAAAUUGAACUUUCUAAUCACUCAAACAGAGCUCUAUGCUCAUUUCAUGUCAAAAAAAUUAGGACAAGCCUCACCUGAAGAGCAGUUGCGCAUAUUGAGUCAGUUAGAUGAGGAGAGUUCCACCAAGCUAAGUUGUGAUACUUAUGAUAGUGAAUUAAUGAAGGAAGCUGCUAAGAAAAAUGCACUAGAUGCAUUCAAUAGUGAAAAGUCAAGGACACGUCAUUUUGAUGCUCAGGCCAGUUCAUGUCUGGAUGAGUUUGUGUCAUUAGAUGGGGAACAGCCCCAACCUGACAAAUUCCGUGGGAAGUUGAAGGGGUACCAAUUGAGAGGUAUGAACUGGUUGGCCAAUUUAUAUUCCCAAGGAAUCAGUGGAAUUUUGGCUGAUGAAAUGGGAUUAGGAAAAACUGUACAAAGUAUUGCAUUUUUAUGUCACAUAGCAGAAAAAUACUCUGUUUGGGGCCCCUUUUUGAUAAUAUCUCCAGCAUCAACCCUUCAUAACUGGCAACAAGAAAUAGCAAAAUUCGUCCCGGACUUCAAGGUGGUUCCUUAUUGGGGAAAUCCGAACGAAAGGAAGAUCCUUAGGCAAUUUUGGGAUCAGAAAGACAUUUACACCAAAGAUGCCAGCUUUCAUAUUGUGGUGACAUCUUAUCAAAUUGUUAUAACUGACAUCAAGUAUUUCAAUAGGAUAAAGUGGCAGUAUAUGAUUCUGGAUGAGGCACAGGCCAUCAAAAGUACAAGCUCAAUGAGAUGGAAGACAUUGCUGGGUUUCAGUUGUCGAAAUAGAUUGUUGCUCAGUGGUACUCCAAUACAAAAUAGUAUGGCAGAGCUAUGGGCUCUGCUGCAUUUCAUCAUGCCAACAUUAUUUGAUUCCCAUGAGGAGUUCAAUGAAUGGUUCUCUAAAGACAUUGAGAAUCAUGCAGAAAAUAAAACUGGAAUUGAUGAAAAACAUCUUUCGAGGCUUCAUAUGAUCUUGAAACCCUUCAUGUUAAGGAGAAUAAAGAAAGAUGUGGAAAAUGAACUGUCAGACAAAAUUGAAGUGAUGGUUUAUUGCCCUUUGACAGCUAGACAGAAUUUGUUGUAUCAAGCACUGAAGCAAAAAAUUAAAAUUGAGGAUUUGUUGCAUUAUACUGUUGGGGGUGGAGACUCACACACAGUGGAUAAGAAUUUCACAUCAAAUUUAAUGAAUUUAGUUAUGCAAUUUAGGAAGGUUUGUAAUCAUCCUGAGUUGUUUGAAAGAAGAGAUGCAAAGUCACCAAUUAGAGUUACAUCUGUGCAAUACACUAUCCCCUAUUUAGUUUAUGAUUUCAAUGUCAGGAAAGCGUUUUCUAUCAUAAACAAUUUUUUUAUAUUCAAUCCAGACUACCUAGCCCAUGAAAUCAAGGAUGAUUUCGAAAAUUCAAUAUUUAAUUUCUUCAUUGGACUGAACUUGUCAUUUUGUGAUAUCUAUAAAAUUUUUCAAGGUGACAUUAUACAUAGGUGGCACAAUUAUUUUGAAAUGAAAAAUCGUGAUAAAAUACUUUACCAUAAACAUCUGUGGCACCCACGCUCAUCUUUCAAUCCUACUGUCAGAUUGCAGCACACAUUUAGGUUAUCUGUACCACAAAUUGAAAACAGUGAAGUACUGAGUGAUCUAGUUUUCACUAGACAUAGCAAAGGGAGCAGAGUUUUCUAUACUCACACGGAUCAUUUUUAUCAUUCCAUGCCAGAAACCGUUGAACAUAAAAAUAUCAGGAUGAAACAUAGAGAUUAUCUCGUGGAUGAUUUGUCCGUUAUAGAUGUAGUCAGUGAUGAUGGAGUGAAACCCCUACACAGUUUCUUAGGAAACGAUUUUCCUCAUCUGAGGAGACCAGCAUGUCAGUUUGAAUGCGUUAGAACUGAAAUUCCCUCUUUUCUCAUGUAUAAUAUGCCAAGAGUAUCCACUGCCCCACUAGGUCUAUACUGUUACUCCCGAAGGGCAGCUUGGGACUUGAAGCGACACAUCGAUGAUUACAGUUUCAAUUCCAUGAACUACUACUGGUCCAGGGUAACCGGUCACAAAUUGAAUGUGAAAUCUUCGGAGACCUUUUACCCUGAGCCUCACAGUUGCGAUGACGAUAUCAAACCGAGUAAAGGUUGGUCCAGCAUAAUAAUACCGGAUAAGGAAACGCUAGUGACUGAUUCAGGGAAACUGUCAGUUUUGGAUGGAUUAUUGAGGCGGUUAAAGGAAGAGGGGCACCGAGUAUUGAUCUAUUCACAGAUGACUAAGAUGAUAGAUUUGUUGGAGGAGUACAUGUGGCAUAGGCAUCACAAAUAUAUGAGACUUGAUGGCUCAUCUAAGAUCUCCGAAAGGAGAGAUAUGGUAGCCGAUUUUCAGGCUAGAACUGAUAUUUUUGUAUUUUUACUCUCCACCAGAGCUGGAGGUCUUGGAAUCAAUUUGACAGCUGCCGAUACGGUUAUUUUUUAUGAUAGUGACUGGAAUCCAACGGUGGAUCAGCAGGCUAUGGACAGAGCUCACCGAUUGGGUCAAACCAAACAGGUGACAGUUUACAGGUUGAUAUGCAAGGGAUCUAUCGAAGAACGUAUCUUGCAAAGGGCAAGAGAAAAGAGCGAGAUCCAAAAAUUGGUCAUAAGUGGAGGUAACUUCAAACCUGAUACGCUGAAGCCAAAAGAGGUGGUUUCCCUUCUACUUGAUGACGAUGAACUCGUACAUAAGUAUCAUUUGAAGAUCGAAAACCCGCCUGAGGAUAAAGAGUUGGAAAGAAAGAGAAAGCAGCAAUAUAAGACGAUAGCCAGCAGCAGCCUGCCGGAGGCCAAGAGGCCGAAGCAGGAGCCCGCGCCGGUCAUCUGCCCGGAGCCGGCGAGUGGCAACGGCGCAGUCCUCGACAGCGGUCCGAACAGUCCCGGCAGCGUCCACUCGGACCUCCUGACGGACGAUCUCACCGACGGGUACAACGAUGACGCUGAUUCGCCAAUAACCAAUAAAUACACUGUAUAUAAUGUUUAUGGUACAACUGUGAAGCCGAGGUUUUCGGGUAGAGGAACAUCGAAACGUGGACGACCAAGAGGCUCUAGAAGUAGAACUUCAGGAGUCAACCGAAAUGUUACUGCUGGGAUAACUCCAACUUCAUCUAGCGGAGUUUUUUCUACUGACGCCGCCCCGACGGACUCCGCCUCGUCGAUAUCCUCCUCGCAAUCCUCCCCUUCCGGCGCCCAGGCCGAGUGUCCGGCAGGCGCCGGCUCGAGUAGCGCCGGCCAAGGCUCGUCCGGCGCGCGCAGGGGCCCCGGCCGGCCGCGCCUGAAGCCAGGCGGGCCGCCGAACGCGGGCUCGCGGGGAUCGUACCGGCCGCGCAAACCGGCGCGGCCGCUGCCCGUACCUCUGCCCUCUGACGGUACUACUUCUGCGGCCGGUUCUAGUGUCGUCAGCAAUGCCGGGCAGUAUUCGAGUUACUCGUUUUAUGACUUUCCUGACGACUAAUAUGUUGGUUUUGUUUUUCUUGUUACUUGUGCAGUGUGGGACAACGGAAACCCUAUUCUCGGGAACGUAAUAACAAACUGCGAUGCGUGAAUUAUGCUAAAACUUAUCUGAAGAAAGGACCUCGCACUUUUUUAGAUUGAAUUCCUUCAUCUAGCAGAAAUAGAGAUAACACCACUUCUAUCGAGUUUAAAACGUUUUGGAAAAGAUACAAGAUUUGAACUAUCGAAAAAGGUACCAUAUAAUUGGUUAUUGAUAGACUGGGUGGGUACUUAAGAAUUAUAAAAUGAGUAGGAAAAAUACCUAUCAAUGCCUAGCUCAUGAAACAGGUAGGAACGUAGGAACGAACAGAGCUUUUGUAAUUAUUGCAAGAGUUCAUAGAUUGAUUGGUUAUAAAUAUUAUAGUCACAAUUUCAUCAUAUUUUUUGUAAAAUAAUUUUGAUCAUCACCUCGAUGUACAUAAUUUCUUGAGUAGCUUUGUUGUAGUUGUGUUACUAGAACAUCAAAAUGUAGUUGUAAAAUUUUCUGAAGACCAGGUUUGGUAGAGAUCCCGGUUUUAUUUAUUAGGUAUUUAUUGUAUGAUAUUUAUUGAACAAUUUGUAUGUAUAAUAUCCCAUUGAAAUGAAUAUUGUUUGACUAACUUGUAAAUAUUUUUAUUUUUAAUAGGUAUCUUUUUAAAUAAAUAUUUUUGAGAUAA